CACAUUUUACUUAUUCAUAACUCCUCAACUGUCAACAUCGAGAUAUACGGGAUCGCCAGUAGACAAAUACGGUGGCUACGUAACGACGAUCUACUACUUUCCCACCAAAAAAGUUUUGCAGAGCCGUAAUGAAACCGACGGCUUUGUCCGCUGCCAUGCUUGGCUUAGGCCUCUCCUCUCCUUGGACCACUUUUUAGCCCUCACCUGUCGACCCCAAAAGAAUUGAUUUUUCUUUUUUUUUUUUUUAACAAACUCAUCAGAUUCUUGCUUGAUAUUGGGUGUCAAAUUUGAUCCCAUCUUCCACUCUAUUUUCAUAAUUUCGACUGUAGAUUCGAGGUUCUUCUUUCCUUUUCAGUUUAAUAAUGAAGCUUUUCCUUGAUGCUUAUCUGCUGGUGUUCAUGGAUCCUGAGCCUCUUGUUGGACCUGCUUGUUUCUGUAUUAUAUUAAGUCCUGUUUUUACUUUGUUGUGUUAGAAUUCUUUACUGAACUAAUAUUCUUUUAUGGUGGGUAAUUGUUUAAGUUACAGUUCCAGAUUUUGUAUUUUCUUGAUGGUUGUUCAAUUUUUGUCCUUGAAGUUCUUGUAAUUGUUCUCAGUAUUUGAUACUGAAUCUGGGAUUUUUAGCUUGAUGGCUUUCCGGGCGGUUCGCUCUUGGACUUUGGUUGGCCUUAUAAUGGCUUUCGUUGACCUUGCUAUUGCUUGUUCCCUGCUAUGUUUAUCAGCUUGUGCAUUUGUUCCAUCGAAGUUCUUGAGUUUCUUUGGGCUUUAUCUGCCAUGUCCCUGCAGUGGGUUUUUUGGGUACCGAACCGAUUAUUUCUGCUGGCACAAACUGUUUGUUGAUUGGCCAAUAAGAAAGAUUAAUGCUGUUCAGGAGUUGGUGAAGGAUAGAUUUCCUUUUAAUUUGAUUUGGUUUGGUCACCAAUCAUCCAAUUUCCAUGUGGAAGGGAUUGAUAGGAAAAGUAAGUAUGAUGCUAAGGAGAAGAAGAUUAUGAACCAGAAACAUAAGUCUGGGAUCCGGUGGCGCAGAAGAGCUGCUGUUGGUUGUGGAAAGCUCUCUCCUGCUUUGUCUUCUAAUGGCACCCAUUUGGUUGGCAGAGGAGUUCUCCGCCCUCUUUAUAAUUGCAGUGUAAGAAGCGAAAUUAGCGAAAGCUUGGAUAUUUCCAGUGGAAUAGAACAUGGUUUCCUAGGUGAUGGAGAUGAUUCAAAUGGCAAUGAUUUGAGUGAAAGAACAAGGCAUAGGUUUGAAUUGGAUGGAUCCUAUGGGAAGGAUGAAGGCAUCAAGCAGGAUCAAUUUGUUGAAAAAUUUACCUGUGAUGCUGAAGUUGGUGCUGGAAAUGAUGCAAAUGAUAUUCUUGCAUUGGAACAAGCACUUGAAGAAGAGAAAGCUAUGCAUGCAGCCCUUUACCAAGAGUUGGAGAAAGAGAGGGCUGCUGCUGCAACUGCUGCUGAUGAAGCCAUGGCAAUGAUAUCACGUUUGCAAGAGGAUAAGGCAUCAAUUGAAAUGGAAGCAAAGCAGUAUCAACGGGUUAUUGAAGAAAAAAUUGAUUAUGAUGAAGAAGAAAUGAACAUUCUGAAAGAGAUCCUUGUUAGGAGGGAGAAGGAGAUAUAUUUUCUGAAGAAAGAAGUUGAGGCUUAUGAGCAGAUGAACUUUACAGGAAAUGAUCAGCUGGAAGGUGAUUCAAGCUAUAAUACAGAACAGACACUUUCACUUUCCAUUGAUUCAAGUGAGAAUCCACUCCCAGUUCUGCAGCAGAUUGAUGAAUCCAACGGUGGAAAGGAAGUGGCAGCUGAUGGGAAUCAGGCAGGCUGCAAUAUGCAUAGUUCCUUGCUUGACACAGAAUCAACUGUUUAUGAUGUUCAUGUCAUUGAUGAUAAAACUGUACAUGGAAAGGAGAAUGAUGGAAAAGAAAGCAGACCACCAUUGUUGGGUAGUAUUGAUUUGCAGAGGCAUCCUUUAUCUGUCAUUGAUGGUGAAAGGUUGAAAAUUGAUAAUGAAGUUGAAUGGCUAAGAGAAAGGCUCCGAAUAGUGCAAGAGGAGAAAGAGAAGUUGAAUUUCUGUGGAGAGCACAGAGAAAGGGAAAAUGCUCAAUUGAGACUUGUGGAAGAUAUUGUGAACCAGCUUCUAAGGCAGGCUUCUUUACCUCCAUCAUCUUCUAAGCUUGGUUGCUAGAGUUUUUUACUACUACUUUUUUUUUUUUU